AUGGGCGCCUCGCUCUCCAACCCGCAUUUCUUGGCCUUUGCCGAUCACUACAACGACGCGCAAGCCGCGGGUCGCGCGCCAAUGACUUGGCGCCAGUUCCUGGACACGCGAGUGCUCGGGCCCGGCGACGACGAGGCCGAGCUCCGCUCCUGGGACAUGGAUGCUCACGUCGCAGAGGCGGCGGCGCAAAGACGCGCGUCCUCUAUCGCGGAUGGCCUACUGGAUGGCAACCCGGAUGCCAUGGCGAGGUUCGCCGCAGAACUCAUGCGAGGUCCCCCGAGCCAGCGACGUCUCGGCGGCCGCCCAGUCGCCGCACCGCGCCAGGCCCCCGCACGGCGCGCCACGGCCCCCGCGCGCCCGGUCCGGUCGCCGCCGCGGUCCAGCUCCGGCACCGUCGCGAGCCUCGAGGCGCGGCUCGCGAGCAAGGAGGCCGACAUCGACGUGUUGAAGGCCCAAGUGCAGUCGCUCAACAUGGCGCUCGAGGAGUCCCGGCAGCAAGCGUCGACGGGCGUCGCCGCGUCGCUCGAGGCGCUCGAGCCGCGGACGCUCGCGGCCUCCGAACUCGCGGCCCUCCGCGCCGCGCUCCCGCGCGCGGUCAGCGCUGUCGAGACCGAGGUGUCGCGGCGCCUCGUCGCCGCCGAGGCGACGCGUUCCGACGCUCAAGAGGUUCGCGAGGACGAGGCGCUUUGCGUAUGUUGCCUCGACCGGCCGCGCGAUAUCGUCUUCCUGUCCUGCAUGCACGUCGUCGUCUGCGAGCAGUGCGCGCCGCGGACGGCGUCCUGCCCGACGUGCCGCGUGCCGAUCACGGAGAAGCGGCGCAUCUUCCGCUAG